AUGCCACCAAAACAAGAAUUCAGGCCUAAAGCUAUACAUCUCCUAGAUAUGUAUAUGGUCGCUGACCAUGACAAACACUGUGAUGAAGACUUUAUAGCAGACUACCCUGUUAAGGACAAAUACAUUCUUUUAAAUAUUGAAUUGGGUACUGCUCAGACACAGAAUGAAACGCAAAGCAGUAUUUGUGAGGUAAUUAAACAACGUUUCCCCACGUUGAAAGCCACCAUUUUGUCAAGAGGGACAGAAGUAAGAUAACCACACCUUUAGUUAACAAGACACUGACACGGGAAUAUAAACACAUAGAAGAGCUGUUUGGACAGGGGAAGUUAUAUGUUCGAUUGAAUACACCCAAAGAAUGUAUUGAAAAGGUUACUGUCAUUAGUGAUGCCUCAGAUGAUGAGGAAUCAAAAUCUGAUGAGGAACUAGUAGAUGUUCAAAACCUAAGUAGAAGCAUGUGGCAUCAUGGUCCUAUUUUCCUUUACCACCAGGAGGCAUCUGUCAACUCAACUGCAAGCCAAGUUUCAGAGACUGCAGAAGAUGACCCAGAAGUCAGCCCUGUGGUACAGGCCUUGGCAACUCAUUCUGCCUAA